AUGAUUAUAAAAACAUAUAAUUUUCACUUUAUUAAGAAAAACUAUGCACAUAAAUUUGCUUCUCCUGAUUGUCCUAAUCUGAUUAAUAUUAAAAAAGUGAUAUAUGAAAAAUUAAAGCCAAUAUGUUUUCAUAUUAAGCAAGACUAUACCAUGGGACAUCAUGUUCAUGAUAUGCAUUUUUAUGGAAUUCUUUGUUCUCCUUUGUUUGAAAAUAAAAGUUACAAAGAUAUGAACACAAUCGUAGAAAAAUUAAUGAGUGAAAUUAACUUAGCUGGAAGAGUAAAAUUACACUGUCAACCACCUUCCAGAUUUAACAAAAUGAAAAAACAUGUUAGGUGGAGAUGGAACUUGGAGAAGUAG